AUUACAGUCAAUACAUACUAUAUUUUAAUUUUUAUUUCAGGUUCAUGAACUACUUAAAAAGCAAAGGCAACUCCAAGAGAUGUUUUCUAUAUGUGACAAAACUGAAAGAGAACAACAGAUAAAUUUAGCACAAGCAAUAAACAACAGUCAAGAUCAUGAGAAGAUGUAUCGAGAAAAAACAAAGUAUUUAUCUUUGAUAGCUGGUACAGUAGGUGCCUUUUUAGGUUUAAUUGCAUCUACUGUGAAUGUAUGGCGAUACAGGAAAGAGGUCAAAGAUAUCAAAAAUUGUGCAGGUAACAUAUCAUGUGAUGUUAACGAAUUAAAGAAGACAAUUGAUAAAUUGAGUUUUCCUUUCUUGUUCAAUGGAGAACUUAUAAAUCCAUUUCUGAUUCAGAAUGAUAGAAAACAGGGAGAAGAUUUGUUAUCAAAAGUAAAACUUCAUCAAGAAUUGCUUGACAAUUGUAUAAAAAAUUUAAGUGUGUUAGUAAGUGAUAAACUAAAUAAAGGUUCAGAAGAAAAUGGUGAAAUUUUUAGUGAUAUGCAUAUUAAACACAUGUUAAAUAAUUUUGAAGAAAACAUUAAUUCCAGGCUAAAUUUUCAUUCAUCAGUAAGCUUAAUUUUGUUAGGCUCAUUAUUAGCAUUUAGUAUAUAUGCAUUUGUUAAUAGGUGAUUUAGAAUAAUUGUCUUAAUGUAUUAUUUUGUAAACAAAAAAAAAAAAAAAA